AUGCUGGUGAUAAUUUCCUGGAUAAUUGAAUGUUGGGAUUCUCUUGUUAGACCUAUUGAAGAUCUGAAGAAGAUAAGUGGUGAGCUAAGGCAACAUGUCAUACAACUGCUAGAUAAGAGUCAAGUGGACAGAUUCACCUGUAAAAAUGAUAGUCUGUGUAAACUUCCUGUAAUUGGCAAAUUAUCUGAGCAACUGGAAGAGGAAUUGUUGUUGAAUACUGCUGACAAGGAGCUUGAAGAAGCAAAGAUUCAAAUUCAGCACCAUCAGAACAAGGUAAAGAAACUGGAACACACAGUGAAAACACUGAAGUUUGUGAUUUUACAAACAGAAGCUGAAAUAAAGCAAGGGAAGUCAGCUUCAAGGCUUGAUGCCUUUCUUAAGACAUUGGAAGGGGACAGAGACUACUACAAAAGGGAGACCGAGAAUUUGCUGAAGAUACUUAGAGACACAUUUUUAAGUUCUAAGUGAACCUUUCCUUGUGGCAGCAUGUCAAAAAAAUCGCCAUCUGUUCAGGGAGUGAGUUCUGAUCCAGAAAUUUUGAAAAUAUUGAGAGAAUGUGAAGAACUUAAGUCAACACUGAAAAAAUACGAGCGCUAUGUGGCAGAAAUUCAGGGCAACUUCACGGUUUUAAGAGCUGAGAAAGAAAAAAUUGUCAAUCUUUAUGAACAGGCACAGGAAGAGAUUUCCCGACUUCGUCAGGAAGUUAUCAAAUGUCCCAGAACUCCUAAAAGUACUGUUGUAGUUCAAGCUAUAUUGAGACGUGUGGAGACAGAAAGAGAUACAGCACUGUCUGAUUUCCAAAGGAUGUCUACAGAACGUGAUAGCCUCAGGGAGCAGUUAAAGAUUUCUCAAGAGACUGCGUUUAAUGAAAAGGCUCACUUGGAACAGAGAAUUGAAGAGCUAGAAACCGCUGCUGAAAAUUUAGACAGUGAACGGUUAGAACAGAUGUCCAAAGUGGCACUAAUGAAAGACACCAUUGAUUCUCUGCAAACUGAGAUUAAAAGAUGGACAAGGAGAGCACUGGAUUCUGAAGCUGAGCUGAGCCAAAAGAAAACUGAAUAUGCUUCACUUAGUUUGUUGAAUGAAAAGACAGAACAGAGUCUUUCAGAGGCUCAGCAAAGCCUUGAUAAGAAAAAACAUGAAAUGCAAGUCAUUCAAGAGAAAAUUAUGAUUUUGGAUGAAAAAAUUGAUAAUUUUUCAAGACAAGGCCUUGUACAACAAGAGGAGAUCUGUGCUUUGAAGGAAAGAAUUGUACAACUUAAUAAAGAGAAGGCAACUUUGCAAAACUGUGCGGAAGAAGGAAGAGAGAAGAUUGCUACUUUAGAGGAAAGCCUGUCAAUUAAAGAGAAAAUAAUUUCAGAUUUGAAGAUUAUGAUUUCUGAGUUGGAGCGUUCCACAAAAAAAUCUACUGAAGCGCUCUGUGUCUGUGAGAAAGAUAUCACCAGUCUGCAUCAACAGUUACAAGAAAUCAACAAAGAACUUGCACAGUCUAACAAGAACAGAGAAUCAUUAGCUCAGGAGAAUGACAGGUUACGAGAGCAUCUUUCUAAUAUUAAGGAAGAAAACCAGGUACUAUAUCAAAAAAUAGCUAAGUAUCAAAGUGAGCUUGAUGAUAUGAAGUUGAAAGCCCAGGAUUCAAACACAGAUAUUGUCAGGCUGAAGAGUGUACUGAAGUCAAAAGAGAGAGAGAACGGUGAGCUUCUGGAGAGUUACCAGACAGCCUGUGAACAAGGAGAAAGUUGGGAAGCAAAAUACUAUGAAGCAGAAGCAGAUUGUAGCUCCCUUAGACUGGUGCUGAUCAGCAUGGAGUCUGAGAACCGCAGGCUGAAAGAGAAAACGGAGCUCCUCGAAACAGAGAUGGAACAACUGUGGAGCAAGUGUAAGUCAUCUGACUCAGAAAUAGAGCUGCUGAGAAAACAACUGGGAACUGAAAGAGCAUCUAUGAAAAACCUGGAGUCUUUGCUUGUGUGCAGCCGUGAGAUAGAAUUUCACUCACAGAGAGCAAAGCAAGAGAAGGACUCUGAAAUCCAGUUUCUCAAGGAACAGGUUUCUGAAGGAGAAAAUAAACUUGCUGUGCAGAGUCGAGAUUUUGCUCAUCUCAGAAACAGAGCAGCUCAGCUGCAGUCAGAACUGGAUGUCACCAAAAGACAGCUGGAGAUUGAACACUUUGAAAGGAGACAUCCUGCAGAGGAGCUUCGACACCAGACUCGUACAGCCUCUUAUCAUUUAAGAACAUCAUCACCUGAACAUUCCCAUCAUCAACCUCCUGAUUGGUCUCUGGACUGCUUCCUGGAUGAGUAAAUUGUUCAACAACAUUGAAGUUCCAAACACUAAGGGGAAGACAAUGAAUAACUAA